UUUCCAUCGGGCUUCAAUCCCUGUUACGUUUAUUCUAAUGGUAUCAACGAAUCGACCUCCGCAAAUGCAUACAAAGUAGAGAAAUGCGAAAAGUUUGAGUUUUUUGUCGACUUGCCGACGAUGGUGACGGAGUGGUCUCUAGUGUGUGACAGGAGUGUGCUCGUGAGUUUAAUCCAGUCGCUCUACAUUUUGGGAACAGCAAUCGGUGGUGUCGUCACCUUCUUUUCACUCAAAAUAAUUUCGCCAAAGAUGCUUAUCAUGGUCGGCACGGCACUGCAGGUGAGCGCUGGUAUCGCAGGCGCCCUGCAGCCUAUUUUGGAAGUGCACUGUCUCCUCAAAUUGCUCAUUGGCCUUGGGACGUGCCUCAUGUUCACGGCUGCCAAUCAGAUUAUUGUAGACAUUAGCACCGGUUGGCGGAAAACGGUUUUCAGCGUUAGUUUUGAGUUUUUUUGGUCCAUCGGCGUGAUCACUUUAGGCUGGUUGGACGCAGCUGCUGACUCCUGGUCAACCUUGCACCUCACCUUUUCAAUACCCUCGAUAGUUUUCAUACUAAUGUGGAGUAUUUUUCCGGAGUCUCCACGCUGGCUGAUCGCCCAUGGACGGUUCGAGAACGCAGACAAUCUGCUCAAAUUCGUGGCCAAUUACAAUGGACGAGAUUUGCCGGAGGAUUUCACAACCAAAAAGCCUCUUAUUGCUUCACCAGGCAGCACAUGCCAAAAGCUGCCGAAGUUUAGAGUAUUUUGUCUGCAAAUUAUGUGGAUUGGAACGGUGGUCCACUAUUAUGGGGCUUUGUAUAACAUUAGAAAUGUUGGAGGCCCAACUUUACCUAUCAGAACAUCAUUUGCCGGUGCCGCUGAAAUCAUAGGAACUGUCUUAGGAAUUUUUCUGCUGUUGAAAUCAAACCAUAAAUUUGGAACAUUGAGUCUUCUUCUGUUGAUUGGAGGAACGAGCUGUGCAACCUCGUUCGCCAUCCCACCAAAUGCAUCUGGAAGCACUAGUGGCUGGACCAUGUUGGGGCUGGCAAUUGUGGGAAGAAUAUCAGUCGCGUGUUCUCUAGCCGUGAUGACAAAUGGCAGUUUAGAAUUGCUUCCUGGAGACCGCAGACCUACCGUUGGCUUGGCGAUGGUCACCGUGGCACGGUUGCUUCUAAUGACUGCUCCCUUUUUAAGCACUCUUGCGUUCUACGGAGAGAGCAUCACUUUGACAUUCCACGGAUGUUUGGCUUCGAUCGCUGCGUUUGGCGCUUUUGGCAUUUUCAUAACUACUGAAUGGAGAGGGCUGCAAGAGCUCUUUAAUAAAAAAGUAUUCAACCCUCAGGAGGAGCCAAAAAGCAGGGCUAGUGAAGAAGAUAUCGUGGUUUGCACGUAUUUUAAUUACCAAUGCGAAGAAUUCAUCACAAGUAUCUCUGCGUGAUUUUUUCCCAUAAAAAUGCACAAAAUACACACUUAAUAUUGAUAUUUAAUUUUAAAAUAUCCAUUCAUAAAAUUGCAAUAAUAAUUGCAGAAAAUUUAAAUAGAGAAAACAUUGCUGCCCAAGUUAAUUUUGUUUUUCUAAUAUCUCAAACUAUAGGAAAUUAAUUCUGUAGUUUUAAGAAUUUGUUCAUAAUGAACCAGAAGGAUCUGUAUGGAGAUGUUGAUACAUUCUCUGUUACCAAAAGGUGCUAAUUGUGUGAUAUUAAAUUUAAUCUAAAUGAUGA